ACAUAUUGAAGACAGUUCUUGAGCACGAAAAAUAUCGCUAUUUAGUGCUCACCGGAUCAACCGCUGUCGAUGAACGCCAAGGUCUUGUGGAUGAGUUCAAUGAAGACGAUGAAAUCAAGGUCUUCUUGCUAUCGACUAAAGCAGGUGGCAUGGGUAUCAACUUGACGGCUGCCUCCGUGGUUAUUACCUAUGAUCAAGACUUCAAUCCACAUAAUGUAGGUCAUCUCGCACCUGUCUACAUAGCAUUCUCAACCACUUUACAGGAUUUACAAGCCUCAGAUCGUGCAUAUAGAAUUGGCCAACAGCGCGACGUAGACGUGAUUAAACUUAUUACCAAAGGAACUAUAGAAGAGGAUAUCCUCCAGCUCGCCCGUACCAAGCUGCAACUAGAUGAAGCGAUUGCCGGUGAUGAGGAGGCUAGUAAACAGACGGAGAAUGAGGUCAAGAAGUCGCUCAUUCAAAGGCUACGAAAGCAGCUGGAGCAAGCAGA